AUGGCUUAUUUUCCGUUAUCUGCUCUUGAUAGUUUAACUAUUCGUGAAUGGAACGAUUUAACUUUGAUCACAGAUCAAUACAUCAAAUUUUGUCAACGUGUGGGUUUAUUACAUGCUGUUUCAACUGAACCAUGCCCAAAGAAACAUCAUAAUUGGUAUUUAGGAUCUUGUGCAGUAGCAAAAGAUAAAUACAAAUGGUAUUGUCAAACAUGUAAAUUUUCUCGUUCUUUACGUGAUAGUACUUUCUUUCCAAAGAGUCGACUUACAUUACGUCAAACAUUACUUGGUGAUUCAGUUGAUGAUGCACCAAAAGAAGAAAUUGAUGAAACAUAUGGUGUUAAUGUUGAAUUUGAAGAUGAAGGUGAUGAUAAUGAAGUAUGUGAAGAUGAAGAAGGUGAUCUAUCAGAAGGUAAAGAAGUAAAAAUGGAUUAUACAAUUCAUGAAAAAACUUUUAAUAAAACGAGUGCAAAUGAUGAUUUCACUCAUCCAAGUAAAACAUUACAACCACAUUUAAUAGAUGAAUUUUGGUUACAAAGAAAUUUAAGUAAAGUUUAUGCUGAAGCAACUGAUGCAAAAUUAAAAGCACAAGAAGUUCUUGAAAUUCUUAAAACAGCAUCUGAUGAUAGAGAAUUAGAAAAUCAACUUGUAAUUUUACUUAGUUAUGGUCAAUUUGAUUUUAUUAAAACUUUAAGAACACAUCGACAUAUGAUUCUAUAUUGUACAUUACUUGCUUCAUCAUAA